UGCAAGCGCAUGUUUGUUGUAGCAACAUGAGACCAGAAAUCCUGACUUGGACAGGGAUUUUCAUCAGAUCACAGAGGUGAACGCUGUGGUGAUGAAAACAGAAAAGGCGUGUGGCCACAAAAGAAUAAUCUAGGCCUACAAGAUGGACGUCAGCCCUUUGAAUACUUGGAAUGAUGGAAUGUCUCCGCAAAGCCUUUCACCUGCGGGAAACUCUUCUUCACCUGUCUCAGAUCUGACUCUUCUUUUCUACAGUCUUCACUGUCAGGAUACGAAUAUUCCAUGGAGAGAUCUUCAGCAGACGCCAGACUCACAUUCCCCCCCUGGAGCCUUGUACAAGAGACAGUUGGGGACGCCAACAGUGAGGAACUCCACCGAAGAUAUUGAAAGCAGAGAGAGGUUUUCACCUGAAUACUCAGCUCCAAAACGGAGGAGUGUGCGUGUGAAGCUGUCGUCACGUUUUCCAAAAACAGUGAAUCAAGAGGUCAUCUCUUUGGCCAAGGAGCAGUACAAUACAUCUCCAGCAGAGGGCACACUCUCCCAAGAGGAGGCAGGCACGGUGGCGCCAGUGGAUGACAUGGUUACAGCAUUGCUCUCCUUGGGCCGAGUCAGGUCCAAACACCAUCCCAGCCGGAAUCAGAUUCUAGAAUCACUGAUUGGAAACCACCUUAUAGGAGACUUCAGCAAGAUGCAUGUUCUUCCCAUUGAAGAAGUGGAUCAAGAUCUUCAUUGUGUAUCAGCCAAUACAGUGGCUUCACUAUUGAAUGGAGAGUUUGAGUCAACAGUGGAGGAUUUCCUCAUCAUUGAUUGCCGCUACCCUUACGAAUAUCUAGGAGGUCACAUUAAGGGUGCGGUGAACCUUCACACAGAAGCUCAGGUCCAGAAGGCUUUUCAUCAUGGCCUCACCCUUGGUCAGUUUUCCCGUUCACCUGAGGAGCAGAACUCCAGCUCUCCAGAGACAGGGCCAGGAGCUCUAUCACCUUUGCAGAGCAAGUCACAAAGGAAGCUUUUGAUAUUUCACUGUGAAUUGUCUUCAAAGAGGGGACCACGGCUAUGUAAAUACUUGAGAAAACUGGACCGGAAUCUGCACUCAUGUGUAUAUCCUCAUCUCUACCAUCCUGAGGUGUAUCUCUUACAUGGAGGCUACAAACAAUUUUUCACAUGCUUUCCGGACCUUUGUGACCCGAAGGGGUAUGUGCCAAUGCGUCAUCGGGACUUCAGAGAGCAACUGAAAGGAUUUAGACAGAAGAAGAAAACAGCUAGACGACGUCAAAACUUUACUACAACACCUAAAACAAAUAACUGAUGAAACAACUUCUAUCUUGCUGAACAGUUGUUGAAUGUAAACAGAGACUGGGUUUUGAAGGAUGGAGGCUUGAUGAUAGUCUGCAUUUUUUUUUACAUCUUAAUUAAACAAACUAUUGUAGUGUGUGUCCCGUGUGUGCGCGUCCCCGCGCGUGUGGUGUACCCAUGAGCAGAUGACAAAUGUCUGUAUAGGACAUCAAAAAACGUAGGGCCAUUCUUACACAAAAAAGAUGUAUAAAUCCGAACGAUAAUAAAAGAU